UCGUAAUCAUUGCUAUAUUUCAUUAUUUUAUAUGUUUUGUAUUUAUUAUUUUCAAUUAACAAUGCUGGAUAUCCAUCAAAUAAUAAAUAGUUAUCAUUACAUGUUUUGAAUUUAAUGGAAUCGGAGGUAUUUGGUCAAGAUUAUUCGACCAUCGACCGUUUUUGAAUGGAGAAAUAAAAUUUAUGGUGAAGGAAUUUGAGGAAAAAAGAGGAGACCGUGAAGUUGAGAACUUGUUCUCAAUCCUCGAAAAGUUAACAGAUAUCAAAGACAGUCAAGUAGAUAAGUUAAAAAGAAAUGGAACAUCAUUGCCUAUUUUAAAUGAAAAAUUAGAACAAGCACUACAACUGUGUGAAGAAGUUGAGAAAGAUUAUCUUCACAUUAAAAAGGAAAGUGAGCAAAAACGAAUUGAAAAUCACCAGAAACGCCAAAAGGAAUGGGAUGAGUUCAUUGAUGAUAUGAACUUUAAAUGCAAACGAAUUGAUAAUACUUUUGAAGAGAAAGAAGAAGAGCUAAGAGACUUGUAUACUGAUCUAAACCAUAAGUUGAAUAUAGCAAAUAAAUAA